CGAGCACCGCGCGCGCACAGACACACACUCACCAGCAGGCAGCAGCUAGCUAGCUCUCUAGCAACGAGCACAAAACGAGCAAUGCCGCUAGUUCCGUCCCACUCCCUCGCUUCCCAUCCCGCACCCCAUGGAAGGGAGCAGCACUAGCUAGCGUGGGACAGGGCGGGGUGGUGUCGUGGUGAUGGAAGCGGGCGGCGGCGCCUCGGAACUCGGCCUGCUCGGCGCCGGAUCUGGCAGGCUGCUCAAGCACGGGCGGGGCGACGCGGCGGGGGGAGAGGACCACGGGUGGGUCGUCGUCGUCGGCGGCGGCGGCAGGGCCAAGCAGGCCAGGACCGCGUCCGUCGGCACCGGGGACGCGGCGGCCACGGCGGCCGUGCCGUUCCUGCUGGGCUCCUGCGGCGGCCCCGGCCACGGCGGGGAACGGAUGCUCAGCUUCUCGUCCGCCGCCGCCGCCGCCCCGGAUGAUGGCGGUGCCAUGCCGCCGCUGUACUACGGGACCCCGGCCUCUUGCUCAGGAUUGAUGAGCUCGGCGAGGGUGAGAGGCCCCUUCACGCCGCCGCAGUGGAUCGAGCUGGAGCACCAGGCCCUGAUCUACAAGUACCUGUCCGCGAACAGCCCCGUACCUCACAGCCUCCUCGUCCCCAUCAGGAGGAGCGGGAGCCUCGCAUCGUCUCCCUACCCGCCUCCCUACUUCGGCACGAGCACAUUCGGGUGGGGCUCCUUCCAGCUGGGCUACUCCGGCAAUGCGGAUCUGGAGCCUGGGCGGUGCCGCCGGACGGACGGCAAGAAGUGGCGGUGCUCCAGGGACGCGGUCGCCGACCAGAAGUACUGCGAGCGACACAUGAACCGGGGACGCCAUCGUUCAAGAAAGCAUGUGGAAGACCAGCCUGGCCAUGCCGCGAAAGCCAUGUCCGCGGUGGCCGUGGCGGCUGCUGCUGCUGCUGCUACCCAGCAUGCUGCUGCUCUGGCCGGCGCCGGAGCUACUGCUGCUGCUGGCCUCGCUGUCAAUCGGCACCGGCAGCCGGGGAAGAGCUAUGCCACGGGUGCGACUGAUCCAUGCUCUCUGCAAUAUAGCAGGGAACUGGCGAACAAACUGUCGAACGAGAGCGAAAACAUGCAGGACUCUGACAAUGUCUCGAUGCUGACUUCCAUGAACACAGGAAACACUGCAGGCAGCGUGUUUCCGUUCUCGAAACAGAACACUGCUCUUUUCGAAGUGAGCAGCUCAAGGCCAGAGUUUGGCCUUGUUCCAUCGGAUUCACUGACGAGUUCACCUCAUAGUUCCUUGAAGAGUGUCAAAAAUCUGCUCAGCUCACGGAGUCUGAGUGAGCACCAGAGCUCCGCCUCCCUGCAACACUUUGUGGACUGGCCCAGGACGCCACCUGCCCAGGGAGGUCUUUCAUGGCCCGAGGCAGAGGACAUGCCCAGAGCUCAGAGGUCCCAGCUCUCAGUAUCCGCUCCAAUGGCAUCCUCCGAGCUAUCAUCGGCCUCCACAUCUCCCAUCCACGACCACGAGAAGCUGAUUCUGUCACCUCUCAAGCUGGGCCGCGAGUAUACCCCAUCUGGCGUCGUCAGCGCUGCAGCGAACAGAUACGAGGUUAGCCAGCUAGAAGCGACCUGGGCGACGAUGUUCCGCGACUCUUCGACGGGCGGCCCGUUGGGGGAGGUUCUGGCCAAGAACAACAGCAACGCGGAAGCAAGAGGUUGCCCGUCGGCGGCGCCACCUCUAACCGACUACUACUGCUGGGAUUCAGGCCACGGCAUGCAGUCGUCCCCCGUGGGAGUUCUGCAGAGGACGACCGCCUUCGGAUCGGUCUCCAGCAGCACGGGCAGCAGCCCUAGGGUCGAGAACCACGGCGCCUGCUGCGAUGGUACCAGCAACCUGAUGGAUGAUCUCGGUUCAGUUGUAGUGAGACAUCCCAGCAUCCGCCUCUUGUGAGCCCGCUGGGUUCUGGCCAUGGAAAAAGCGUGAGGGGGAGCAUUUACCACGUAGUUUGUCAUUUGAGACUGAUCUCCUGUUUCUGUCACCUGAGUUCUUCUUUUGUUGCCCUUAUACCUGGCUUUGUAACUCUCACCUUCGUUGGAUCGUGAUAGGCGCCGUGAUGUGUGGUGUGGCUGGGUUUUUGGUGCGCCGUUGAUGCGUAGUACCAUCAUAUAAACUAGUGGACUGGCGCGCUCCAUCGCGCGCGUUUGAAUUUAGCAAUACAAAGUUUUGAAAUAACGAU